UGCUCUGCCCAGGUUGUCUUUCCUCAUUAGAAACCAGACGGAAAGAGAAGUCUGAAGCCUCACGCUACAUUCCAGAAGACUUGUUUGUGUGAAUAGCGAGAAAAUGAUUAAUGAUUCCUCUGAAAACUACAACUACGGUGAUUAUUAUGAAGGAGCUGUGGAGCCGUGUUCUGUGGAGAGCAGGCAGAAGCUUGAGAACUUCCUCCGCUUGUUUAUUCAUCCAAUCAUUUGUGUGGCUGGUUUCAUCGGCAACAGUCUUGUGAUUGUAACGUACGCCCUCUACAAGCGAACCAAGUCCAUGACUGACGUGUAUCUGCUGAAUGUGGCCAUCGCUGACAUCCUGUUUGUGGUGGCUCUGCCUUUAAUCAUCUACAGCGAGCAGCACAGUUGGGCCAUGGGGAACAUGUCCUGCAAGCUUCUGCGUGGCAUCUAUAGCGUCAAUCUGUACAGCGGGAUGUUACUUCUGGCUUGCAUCAGUGGAGAUCGAUACCUUGCCAUUGUGCAAGCCCGUCGCUCGUUCCGGCUGCGUUCAAGCACUCUUCUUUACAGCCAUUUAGUUUGUGCAGCCGUCUGGUUGCUGGCCUUGCUUCUGUCCCUUCCCACCUUCAUCUUUUAUGAGCGUUACGAAAAUGGUCUGACUGAAUCUACCUUCCUAUUCAACAAUAAUACCAUCAUGGAAGAAAUUCAGUAUGUCUGCUCUUUCAAGUUUGAGUCGAAUGAAACAGCGCGUAUGAUGAAAACCAUCGUGCCCAGCUCUCAGGUGGCAGUGGGUUUCUUUUUGCCUUUGCUCAUAAUGGGAUUCUGUUACUCCAGCGUCAUUGUCACCCUUCUUCGGGCCAAGAACUUUCAGAGGCACAAAGCAGUGCGUGUAGUGCUCACCGUGGUCCUUGUGUUUGUGGUCUGCCAUAUGCCUUAUAACCUUGUGCUGUUGUACCAUACCAUCAAUUUAUUUGAACAGCAGGAAUGCAGCCAUGAGGAGGCCGUCGCGUUGACCAUGACCAUCACAGAAAGUUUGGCAUACCUGCACUCUUGCCUCAAUCCUCUGCUGUAUGCCUUCAUCGGGGUCAAUUUCAGAAACCACUUCCGGAAGAUCCUACGGGACAUUUGGUGUUUGGGGAAGAACUAUAUGUCGGCAAGGCGGUCAUCACGUGUUACCACUGAAAUGUACCUUUCGACGCGGCGCUCUAUGGAUUAUUCCAACAAUGAAAAUGGCACGUCGUUUACCAUGUGA